UGAGUUGACAGUUUAUAUCGACCCUGUUGCCAUAGGAGAUCCGAUCCAUCCGCCACCAGCGAUCGUGGAUACUUGAACCGGCAGAUCCCGAUCCUUUUGAGGUUCAGCAAUAUAUAAACCUCAGUUCCUCAUCCCUACCAUGCGUCCUUGCAAAGAGGUCCACGCAACGAAAUCAGAAUGCAUCUCUUCACUACAGUCACUACCGCGCUCACGGCGCUAAGCUUCCUCUCCCAUGCCGCCGCCUAUAAAUGGGACAAGAAGGCCGCUGAGUUUGGCGCUGGCAAAGACUGGUUUUCGGACAUCAUGCCCCCGCCCGAGGGGUCUUGGGGCAAGCUGCUCGUCGACGAGAACGAGCAAUGCUAUAUUGUGUUGAACGAGGUCUAUGACUGCAAGGGACGCUCGGAGCCCUUUGCUACGUAUAAUGCCACGACGGGGUAUUGCGAUGCUUAUGACGGCGCCGAACCCAUGACCACCCCCAUCUGCGGCGGCUACCUCUGGUUCUUCCGACACGCUCAGCAAAACGCCUUCGUGCAGUCCACACACGGCGAAUAUAACCUCACCGGCGGCGAACUGUUCAUGAAGAGUCACCGCUACGAGGUCAACCUGGUGCCGUAUCGGCUUAGCAAGGCCGGGUGCGGCUUCUCGCCUGUCUACAAGGACGGCGAGUUCCAGCAUCUGGAUCAGCCGUGCGGGCUGGUCAGGAAGCCUGUUGGUAAGUGGAGUGGCUAGGUCUGAGAGAAGCGGUGAAUAUGUCACUAAUUGUGGCUUCACCUAGAUGAGUGAGGAGGCGUGGUAGUUGACGAGGUAGUUGGAGGGGCUAUUGAGGUAUUUGAUGAGGGGUGGCGAGAAAUGACUGGUAUGUGAUGUUUGGAUGGUGGGAUAUGGCUUAUGAUGGGAUUUUGAUUUUGAUUCUGGCGUUGAGAAAUUAUGUGUUGAUGAAGGAUUUGAAGCAUGGAUGAGAGGCCCGAUGUUGGUUUUCUUUUGUGAUACGUGGAAUGCUUUGUUUAAUACAAAAGCAAUAAAAAUAAGAGGUCUAGACCUUCCAUUCAUAUCAUGGGUUAAGGAAAACCAGAGGAAAAGGAACACACGAAUGGGAUCGAUAGUAAU